AAAUUUAUCUUCGUCUUUCUCUGAAUAAUAAAAGUGAAUAAUUUACCUCAAAUUUCAUAAAUUGUUAAACGAUCAAAAUAAACAAAAUUUACAUUUAGAUUGAAAUAUUCGCAAUCUUUUAAGUAUUAAAAAUAUUAAUGAAAUACAUAAUUCGGUUUUUAAGUAAUAUAGCGAUUGCAAGUAACUGUAAAAAAAAAAGGCCACAAAAUUACAGGUAGUUAUUAUAAAUUGUUAUUAACAAAAUAGUAGGAAGAAGAAAUAAUACUCUUAAAUUGUGCUCUAUUAUUAUUAAAAUUUAUAAUAAUGAAUAUUUUGGAAUUGUAUAGCGGAAUUGGUGGAAUGCAUCUAGCGUUUAAACAGAGUGGUAUCGCAGGGAAAGUAAAUGCUUCAAUAGAAAUAAACAAUAUAGCUAAUCAAAUAUAUAGAUUAAAUUUCCCUAAAACUAAUUUAAUUAAUACCAAUAUUGAAGGAUUAACUUCGGAUUAUAUUAAGAAGUUGAAUGUAGAUACGAUAUUGAUGUCACCACCGUGUCAACCCUUUACAAGAAAUGGCUUACAAAACGAUAUAAAAGAUGCCAGGACCGCAUCGUUUUUUCGAAUAUUAAAACUUUUACCAGAUUUAGAUAUUAAAUACUUACUUAUUGAGAAUGUUAAAGGAUUCGAAAAUUCAGAAAUGAGAAAUAUCUUAAUUGACGUAUUGAUAGAAAACGAUUACAAAUAUCAAGAAUUUAUAAUCAGCCCUCAUCAAAUAGGUGUUCCGAAUUCAAGACAUAGAUAUUACUGUUUAGCUAAGAAAACUGAUUUUUCAUUUGAAACAACUUGUUUGAUGGAAACUUUUCCCAACAUCCAUGAACACAUAGAUUGCUAUAAGAUAGAAAAUAUUAUAGAACAGAAUGUAGACUUUAAGAAGUAUUAUCUAUCUGAUCAAAUUUUAACUAAAUACUGGAGUGUUCUAGAUAUUUGCUACAAAAAUUCAACCAGAUCUUGUUGUUUUACAAAAUCUUAUGGUAGAUUUGUACAUGGUACAGGAAGUGUUUUUACAGAAAAAUCAGAAGAGGUAAUUUUAAAAUUGGUUAAAGAAUUGAAUUCAUCCAAUUUAGAGGAACACGAAAAAUUGGGUUUACUUAAAUCAUUAGGGUUGAGAUUUUUUACACCUAGGGAAAUAUGCAGACUCAUGUGUUUUCCAGAAAAUUUUAUUUUUCCGGAUUAUGUGAGAGACAGGAAAAAAUAUAUGGUUUUAGGAAAUAGUAUAAAUGUUAAAGUUGUAGCUGAAUUAAUAAAAAUUUUAAACUGCUAACAGAAAGUUUAAUAUCGAAAUUAUGAAAAUAAUCAAUAAAAAAACGGCAUUCUGAAUAAAAAUUUAUCUAUUUCAAAAGUAUUUAAAUUAUAAAAAAAAUAAUUACAAGUAUAUAAAACUUGAGUUGUAGUUUAUUUAUUAUUAAAUUUCCAUUCUUGUCUACACAUUGGACAUUGUUGAUUAACAGGCUGUGAUUGUAACCAUUUAACAAUACAGUGCAUGUGAAAACAAUGUGAACAUUGUCCCCAUACUAAGGGGCAAUCGUCUCCAGGAAGCUUACAAUCCGGACAACAACCAUCGAAGGGCAUUCGACAAAUUCCGCAAUUAUCAUCAUUAGCAACCCACUUCCAAGUAGCCACUCCUUUCCAAUUCUUAAUAUUAACCUUCAUUACCUUUCUUUAAUUUCGAUUUAAAAAUAUAAAUUCCAUUAUCAAAUCAUUUAUAAAAAUAGGUUAUGUUUUCAAAUUUAGUAGUUCAUCUGACCUACCAAUUUUAUUGGCCUCUUUUUAUUACAACCAAUGGUUGUAGAAAAACAUUAAGAUAAAUGACAGUUCAGACAGAUAUCAAUGUUAGUUAAUCACAUGAAGUCAAUUUAUGUUUUCAAAAUAAAAUUAGUUUUCAUUUAUACAAAUGUGUUUGAAUUAUAUAUGAAAAAUACUGCUAUAAUUCUUGAAUUAAAAACAUUGAAAACUAUAUUUUCGAUUUUCUUUAGAAUUUAUCUUUUCAUCAAACUUAAUGAUUAAAACAUGACUUGCAAUUAUUGUAAAAGGUAAAACUGGUUAGUUCAGUAAUAAGCAUUUCUAUUCUGAAAAAAUGGCUUCGGAUCCUCCCAAAAAGAGUGGAAAAUUG